AGAGAAGGGGACAGAGCAAAGAUGUCUGAAAAACAAAAGUGGUGGCAGCAUGCAGAGAACAUCGAGGGCCGAAAGACGGGCCUUAAGAAAAAAGCCUAUGAGCUCAUGGGUCGGCAUGAGGAGCAGGUGCUCAUCAACCGCAGGGACAUCAUGGAGAAGAAGGAUGCCUGGGACGUGCAGGAGUUCAUCACUCAAAUGUAUGUCAGGCAGUUGCUUCGCCACCCAGCCUUCCAGCUGCUGCUGGCCUUGCUGCUGCUGACCAACGCCAUUACCAUUGCCCUCCGCACCAAUGCUUAUCUCAAUCAGAAACACUAUGAGUUAUUUUCAACCAUAGAUGACAUUGUGUUGACCAUCCUUAUCUGUGAGGUUCUCCUUGGCUGGCUUAACGGAUUCUGGAUUUUCUGGAAGGAUGGCUGGAAUAUCCUCAACUUCGCAAUUGUCUUUAUCUUGUUUAUGGGGUUCUUCAUAAAACAACUUAACAUCAUCUCCAUCACCUACCCUCUCAGGGUCCUUCGGCUGGUCCAUGUGUGCAUGGCAGUGGAGCCCCUGGCCAGAAUCAUCAAUGUCAUCUUGCAGUCGAUGCCGGACUUGGCUAACGUCAUGGCCCUCAUUCUCUUCUUCAUGCUGGUGUUCUCUGUGUUUGGAGUCACCCUCUUUGGUGCAUUUGUGCCCAAGCACUUCCAGAACAUGGGGGUUGCCCUGUAUACGCUCUUCAUCUGCAUCACCCAGGAUGGCUGGCUGGACAUCUACUCUGACUUCCAAAUAGACAACAGAGAGAUAGCGAUGGAGGUCGGGGCUGCCAUCUACUUUGCUGUCUUUAUCACCCUUGGUGCCUUCAUUGGUCUUAACUUGUUUGUUGUCGUGGUGACCACAAAUCUGGAACAAAUGAUGAAGACCGGCGAGGAUGAGGGGCAUCUGCACAUAAGUUUUAAUGAGACAGAGGAAGAGGAAUGGACUGACGAGCUGCCACUGGUGCAUUGUACAGAGGUCCGCAAGGAUAUUUCCACCGUUCCCAAGGAACCACUGGUUGGGGGCCCCCUGUGUAACCUCACGGAAAAGACCUUCGAUAACUUCUGCUUGGUGCUUGAAGCAAUACAGGAGAACUUGCUGGAAUACAAAGAGAUCCGAGAGGAGCUUGACAUGAUCAUAGGUGAGGUGCGCUCCAUCCUUUUCAACCAGGAGCAGGAAAGUGCGAUAAUGCGCAAAUAUACCUCCAAAAGCACCUUCCUAAGCGAGUCCUCCCCAGACAUGCAUGAGGUGGCUAACAAGCAAGACUUGAUCACUGCGCUGGUCAGCAGGGAAAAGGUGUAUGAAUCUACCACAAACAUGGCUACCAAACACAGGAUCAGCCACUGAGAAGGCAGAGUGAGAACCGAGGGGCCUGCACACACAGGGCCAGCUGCUGCAGCCCAGAUUGAAGCCCAUCCCUCUCCCUUACACCCGGGCAGCAGAGGCCAUGGGGCUGGAAAGGUGGCAGCAUCUGCAGGGCUUAUGCCUGGGAGCCUCAAGUCCAGAGGAGUCAGGAUUCUGGAAGAGAGUGGAAGUACACAAAGGCGUAGCCAGGCUUUAGCCUAAAGAUGAGUAUCCCUGACCUCUGCUUCAGCCAGAGCUGGAUAAGGCCUAUGUGGGCCCAAGCACCAUAAAGAGAAGAGCCAGGCCAGUGAGACCGUGUGCACCAAAAAUAAACUUUUGUGUUAUAACCAA